UUUCCAUGCUUCGUAUAAGUAACGAAUAGUACUACUGCAGUGAAUGGCGCUGUUUGCCAUCCUUGCUCCUCUUUGAUGGUAAUUGGAGUGUGACACCACUCUAUUACAGCGCUAUCUUUGCCUCGGAAGGCUGUAUCGUGGGGUACCACAUAUUACAACUGCAUCUGUCCGCUGUUUGUCACUGUCAGAUACUCAUCACCUACCUUACAAAGAAGCACGGCACAAUGGAACACGAAAUCAUCAGGUUAUUGUUGGUAGGAGACGAGAAAUGCGGCAAGACAACCUUUCUUUCGCGCCUCAGCGCAGGAGAGCACACCAACCCGAUCCCACUCCUACGCGACAUUGACCAGCCCUUUGUCUUUGAAAUCAAGCUCGGCGUCAAAGAGUACAGACUCGAGUUCUCUGACACGUCGUCACCGGACAGCUGGCGACUACUUGACCCCGAUGUUGUGAUAAUAUGCUACGAUAUCAGCCAGCGUCUCAGCCUCAUCAACAUGAAGCGCUUUUGGAUUGACGAGGUCAAGCGGACGUUUGAGCGUAUAGACUCAUUGCCCAUUGUGAUUGUAGGGCUGAAGAGGGACUUGCGAUCAGAAAACGACCCCAACGGCAUCAUCUACCCGCACGAAGCAUACGCAGCCGCGCAGGAGCUGCGCGCUGAUCGAUAUGUUGAGUGCUCCGCGGUCACGGGGGAGUUGAUCAAGCCGGCUUUUGAGGACAUAUGCAAGACGGCCAUCAAGACAUCGACAGCAGCCGGCGGUCAGACGGAAGGUGGGUGUACAAUACUGUGAUUGACACACCUCAAGGGCACCAUCAAGCGGCCUGGCCCGCGUCGUCCAUGGCAACGUCGCCUUCGCCAUUCUCCUGCGGAGCCUCUUCAGCUGGUUCAAAGGCGCCUAGCACCUCGGUGAUGAUGGUGACAAGCUCCUCCUGCUGCGUCUCAUCGAAACGGCCGGCCAUGUCCUCUACAAUGACAUUGAGUGCGACCACAUUGGCAGGCCGGAGGUUGAGGAUCAUGACCACCUCUCCCUUGGACAGAUCAUAUGGCCGCAGGCGUUCCAGUAGCGUGGGGAUGGAUUGAAGUGUAUAGGGA